AUGGAAAACUAAAGAAUUUGGACAAAUAGUUCGAAUUUUAUUAAAUAGUUAAAGAAUGAUUGUUAAGUUAACAUUAAAGAAUAAACAUAAUUUGAAGAAUAAUUACGUGUACCAAUAAUAUUUGACAACUCUUGUGCUUAAUGCUUUAAAAGAUUUAGAAAAAGAAAGCUUGUAUCUAAUGUCACUUAAAUUGAUCCUUAUAUAUCUGAAUUUUAUUACAAGAACUAGCAUGAAUGUUUCUCUAAGAAUUAGUACUUUUAUAUUUUUAUACUAGAUUCUCAAUUGAGAAAAAUGAUGAUUAAUUAUAAAUAUUCUAACAUUAAAAAUGUAAAAUUCAUUAAUACAAAAAUACCUUAAAUUGUGCCAUUUGUGACAAUAUUAUAAGUAAAACAAACUAUUAUAAAUGUUUAAAAUGUAAAGCAUAAUUUUUCUUUUAAAAUGAGUUUAAUCCAAUUUUAGAAUGUCCUGAAUGUAAUUUCAAAUUUUGUAAAUUAUGUAAGAGAUAAAAACAUUUAUUUAACUAUUAUGAAUGUACUUGCUAUUAUGAUUAUGGUUAUACAAAUUCUUUUUAUUUACUAUUAUUGAUAGUAUUUUAAAUCUUAAUAUUUCCAAUCCUAGUUUAUGGAAAAAGCUUUUAAGUUGGAAUGGAAAUAGCCUCAUUAUUAAUCCCCAAAGUAAUUGAACUUUAUUUUUACACAGGGAAAUAUAUAUUUUUAUUAUUAAUUCUACCCUUAAUUGUAAUUUACUUGAUAGUAUUUUUGGUUUUAUAUUGGAUAUACAUAUUACCAAAAAGCAUAUAUUUAAGUGCAUUAGAUAUAUAUGAUCUUUUAGCUUAGAUUUAUAGAAAUUUUUAUAUAGAAUGA